GGCCAUUUGUAGUGUUAACAAAAGAUAAUUUAAUAAUCAGUUAGCUUAGAUACUACAAGAAUGAUAAAUAAUAUGUCAAGUAUAAUUGGAGCUUGUUUCAUAAAAUAGCGACAUGAAAGAUUUAAGACUGUUGUCGCUAUGUAUCCUACACGCGGCUGUGGCCGUUCCGUUGGCUCUUCAGGACUUAAUGUUGGCUGAUGAUAGCGUGUCUGUGGGCACCUUCGUGCGACCUGUCAGAUCUACUGCACCGGAAGAAGACUACCAUAAAUCUUAUGAGCAUGAAGGAGACGGCGAGAUCGGUUACUCUAGGAAGAAAUCUGGAGGAGGCAAGAAAGGUUAUCAACACUUCGACUCGUACCACAAGAAAGCAGGUGACAACUACGAGUUCGAGAAGCAGGACUCCUUCGGGCAUGAGGAGGAGGAGCAGGCCGGUGCUCACAGCCAUCCGAAGGAGAGGAAAGCUAAACCUCAUCGUGAGUUUGAAAGAGAAGAUACCGACGAACAAGAAGAGAAACCACGAAGAAAGGAAAACGAUCAUGAAGAGAUAAGGGAAGGUGAUGAAAAUAAAGGUGAAGUAUCCGGCUACGAUCCUGCCGACUACACACUACCAGAGAAAUACACGUACGGCGCGGGAGAAGAAUAUAAUUUCAAAUAAAACCAUAUCAUUGGAGUGCAAUAAAUAUUUAUGCACGACACACUAAUUGUUACUACCAAAGAAUACACGCCAACUAAAACAUU